AUGAACAUGGAGAAUUGUCCCAGGACGAACAACAAUCGUUUAGCUGCUUAUAAAUCCAAAGCUAGUAAGGUUGAUCGAUCAGAAAAGGCAGCCAUUGAUCGCAAGAAUCAACGUCACAAGUUAUUAGAUCAACGACGUCCUUUUAUGCGAGUCGAUAGCAACAAAGCACAAGAUCAGGUUAUGUGCGAAAAGAAGAAAAAUCACGAUAAUGUGACAGAAAUCGAGAAUAUUGAGGCAAGUAAAUUUCGUCGACAACAACUACUUAAAUGGAAAGAGAAAAAAGAACAGGAAAAGAAAAAGCAACUACGUGAACUAUCCAGAAAAAAACCAUUUGUUGUACCUGCUGCAUUAAAUUACAUCCGUCCAAAAUAUGUAUCAGAAAAUGACGGAAAUAAAAUUUCCCAAGCAAAUCACAACAUAUUCCAAAGUAAAAUGAAAUCCACAACGAAAGAAAAUGCAGAUAAGCCUAGACGUAUUACUAGGUCUAAAAGUAAAGCGAUAGCAAGUAAAGCGACGACAAGUAAAGUGACGACAAAAACUGAUCAAGCCAUGAAGAAAGUUGCAAAUAAAAAACCCACUGCUCCUACUGUUAAAAAUUUACGUAACAGAAAGAUUGUUAUACCGGGAAGUAAACCGAAAGAACAGGAUCCAUCUAUAAAACAACCUACUAAAACUCAUCAACCAAAUAAGGUUCCUCAAUUAGCGCCAAAUAAUUUUACCUUUCAACCGCUCAAUCUUAAGCUGCCCGAUUUGCAGCCCUUUCAACCACUUUCACCAAAUACGGCUGCAAGCUUCUUAGAUCCAUCUCCUGCACUACUAGCAAGCCCUACUCUGCUUAACAAGAUGACUUUACCGACAGCUAGAGAGAUUGGAAUUAGUUUCUCUUCAGAUAUAACGCGUAAUGGCUCCAAUGAUAAAAUGGCUGCUUCAUCGCAAGAAGAUUCAACCAAUAAUCAAUCCAGUCAAGAUACUAUUUUAACACCACAAAAAGCACUGGAUUUCUCCGCAUGCGACGGUGAAAAUCGUUUCCGUCGAAAUGUUAAUGCAGAGACACAACGAUUAAACGAUCUUUGUGAUCAUUGGAACCAGGUUAAAAGUGAAUUAAAUCUUGAUGACGAAGCCAGACUGGAAGACAUCCGAGGGCAGAUUGAUAGUGCAGUAGGCCAAGCUCAAUUACUUAUAAACAAGAAAUUUAAACAAUUUCAUCAAUUGAUAGAUAAGAGCUUACGAACUGAAACACCUCAUAAAGCAUUUGAAUCGGAUUUAGAAGGUUUUUGGGAAAUGGUCUUUAUUCAGGUAGAAAAUUUAAAUAAUAAGUUUGGUGCUUUAAAAAUUUUACAAGAUUGUAAUUGGGUCGAUAAUACGAAGCAAAAAACAAAAACUAAGAAAGGCAAAAAAGGGAAUACAAAGAAGAAUAAGAAAACUCCAACACGUAUUGCUAAUAGCCGAAAUAAAUUAAGAGAAUUUAUAGCUGCUCAAAAACAAACUAAACCUUGUGAAAAUGUUGAGGAACCUAUCUCACAAGGUAAUGAUCAGUCUGAAAAUAAUUUGGACAACAACAAUAUCAACAAUGAGAAUAAUGAAAAUAGAAUGGUACUAAGAUCAGUAACUAAAAAGAUUCGAUUUGCUGAUGAGCUUCAAUCUGGUGGAAACUUAAUUAUAUCACCAACACCAUCUAAACGACGAAGAUCCUAUCGGAAAACACCAGGUAGCAAUUCAUCCAGAAGUUUUUCUAUAACUCAAGAAACUUCAGAAAGUAUGGAAGAGAAUCAGGAUGGUUCGCUGACAGAUUCACCUUCUAUAGUGCGAUCUAUAUUGAAGAAAACACCAGCAAACAAAUCUACUGAGCUGUUAACUAAAGAUGAAACAGCUAUACCUUUAGAAUCGCUAGCUGUAACUUUAUUUACUGACGAAAAAGACGAUAUCGAUCAAACUACAGAUGCAAUCAAUGAUAUCUCGGACGGGCUACCCGAAGAUUAUUUUCAGCCAGCUAAGGCUGAAAAUACUGAUUCUUUAUCACCUCAAUUAAUAGAUUUAAGUAAUGGCAUUGUAUUACCGUUUGAUACAAUUAAACCUACUCAAAUGGAUAAUAACUUAGAGGAAUCCAGUGAUGGUCUAUUAUUUAACGCAUUUGGAGGCAUUAUGAAUGGAAGCAGCAAAAGGAAUAGUUACUACAAACAGAUUGACGUAGAUCUAUUACAAUUUUCGCCUGCUGUCACUCCAAGAAAAUCAACUACCCCAAGAAAAUCUCCGUGGCAUCGAAGUUCAUCCAAGAAUAAAGUGGAAGGUUCAUUAGUGAAGCGUUAUGCCUCUAUCACGCCAAAGAAAGAAAUGAAGGUUGAAUUAGGUACCGAUAUCAUCUUUACCCCUGUUAUCCGAUCUAAAAGGAAUGAAAAGUCUGGUAGAAGAAGUGUUUCACAAAUUGUAGUUGAAAAAUUGCACGAAUUACCAGAAGACAUGGACUUUGGCAUCCAAAGUAACAAGCAUUUAAUUGACCUAAAUUAG